GUUUAAAGAAAGUUCCUCUAAUUAUGGAGUGCACUGAUAUUGCAGCUCUCGAUGCUUGCGAAUCCUAGUUGCUCAAAAAUUUAGUUUGAAAUUAAUUUUAUUAUAACAUUUUGUCCUAAAUUGGAAUGUUGUAAAACAUCUAAUAAUUAUUAAAUACAUUUAAUGUGGGCUAAUGCGUACAAUAAAGAAAUUACAUCCAAAGUAAAAAUCAGCGUACCAGUACCGGAUACAAAAACUAUAAAUUCAAGAUUUAAUGGUGUUAACACAGAAACAGAAGAUGUUACAAGACAAGCUUUUUUACAAAACAGGGACACCGAAGGAAUGAAAUAUGAUGUGAAACAUUAUUAUAAAAUACUUAAAAUUGGAGGGUUAGUUUUAGUAUGGUUGAUUUGCGGUUACGCACUGUGGGUGAAUAACGAAAGAGAUAAGGAAUCAUACGAACUAAAUAUUCCAAAUGGUUCAUCUUACAGUUUUGUUAUUUACGAGCUUCCAAAAGAUAAUAAAAUAAAAGUGAUACUAGAUGGCCGAUUUCUUCCUCCCUAUUAUGCAAACUUGACAAGAGAACAUAUGGAUGUAUGGGUACAACUUAUGGUGAUGAAAGAUGUACCCACCAAUCCAGAAUACAUUGAUAAUACAAAUGUUAUUUCACUACAGAACGUUUCGGAAAAUUGGCAACUACCAUUGGCAAAUAACAAAUUUCUUGAUCAGAUACCAGAAACGGAAUGUAGUAAAGUGUUUCAGCUGAUACCAUAUGAAACAAAAAAUUUCACCUAUCAUUUGCUUAGUUUACAAUUCAACACAAAUUUACAAUCGAAUUUUACAGUAUCGAUGAAAUAUAAUUUGCAACCGACCAAUCCAGAAGAUGGCGUUUUGUACGCUGCUUUAAUAUUAAUAAUACUUUAUUCCACUAUUAUAUUUGAGGUAAUUCACCGAACUAUGGCUUCUAUUUUGGCAAGCACAAUUUCUGUAGCAGCUUUAGCUGCUUACGAUCAAAGACCAUCAAUGGCAGAACUAAUAUCUUGGAUAGAUAUUGAAACUUUGAUACUAUUGUUUUCUAUGAUGACAAUUGUAUCAAUUUUCAGCGAAACCGGUAUUUUUGAUUACAUCGCAGUUAUUGCAUUCCAAAAAUCUGGAGGUAAGUUGUGGACACUGAUCUACCUUCUAUGCGGAUUAUCAACUCUUACUGCUUGUUUUUUGGAUACGGUCACAGCAGCUCUCCUCGUCACACCCAUUACGAUUAAGCUGUGUGAAGUUAUGAAAAUUAAUCCGAUUCAAAUAUUAAUUUACACAGUAUUAUCCGCGAAUAUUGGAGGAGCUAUAACGCCGAUCGGAGACCCACCUAAUGUCUUAAUUGCCUCUUAUCCAGAUGUAGUUAAAGCUGGUGUCACUUUCGGUAAAUUUACUUUACAUAUGGGCGUCGGAGUUUGUAUAACUCUCGUCGUAAUCGGUCUGCAAAUAAAAAUUUUGUAUAGAGACAUGAAAUAUUAUCAGUCCGAUGAACCACAAGAAAUUCGAGAUUUGAAAAGAGAAAUAGCUGCUUGGGAACGAACUGCAGCCUCUGUUAGUAGUUACAGUAGAGAUGAAAAUAUAAUUAAAGAUACGUUAUUAAAACAAACAGCACAACUUCAAAAUAAAUUGAAAGAUACUGUUAAUAAUUGUUAUUUCACUUCUUACGAUACACGUGUGGAACAGAUAGAAGAUUUAAAAAGACAGUAUCCGAUAAGAAAUAAAUCUUUGUUGAUUAAAUCCGGGAUAACGCUCGCACUGGUUAUAAGCGUAUUUUUCUUGAAUUCAUUUCCAACUUUCUGCAACCUUGGUCUUGGAUGGACAGCACUUUUGGGAGUAAUACUCCUUCUUCUGCUCUAUGAUACAAAGGAUCUAGAAGGAAUAUUUGCCAGAGUUGAAUGGUCAACGUUGAUAUUUUUCGCAUCUUUAUUCAUAUUGAUGGAGGCAUUAUCUCGUUUGGGAUUAAUCGAUUGGGUAGGAAAACAAACACAAUAUGUAAUUACAUCCGUAGGUCCAGAAUCAAGACUGGCCACAGCAUUAGUUUUAAUUUUAUGGGUGUCAUCUGUAGUAUCAGCUCUGGUAGAUAAUCUACCACUCGCAACAAUGAUGAUACGAAUAGCGGCAGACAUGUCCAAUAAUGAAGAUUUACAUUUACCAUUACCUCCACUAAUUUGGGCUAUUGCAUUUGGAUCUUGUCUAGGAGGAAACAGUACUCUGUUAGGAUCAUCUUCAAACAUUAUUUGUGCAGGUGUGGCAGAACAACACGGUUAUCGAAUCACUUUUUUAGAAUUCUUAAAAGUUGGGUUGCCAGUGAUGUUAUCCAGUACAGUUGUUAUAACUUUAUACUUAUUAUUAUGUCACGUCAUUUUAAAUUGGCAAUAAGUGGAGAUUUUAUUGUUCAUUUCAGGAAUAUAUUGUUUUAAUUAUCAAAUGAUAUUUAUGUAAAUAAAGUAAAACCAUGUUUUAAUUUCAUCUUA